GCAACACGCCACACCGACAGGAGUUGCCAGCCUGCCUUUGCACUGGCAGCAGCACUUGGUGCGAGAGGAAUGAGGCCAGGAGUUAUGUAACAGCUGGUCAUCCUGGUCACUGGGAAUCAACAGCGCCUGACCCGGCCAAACGGGGACGCGAACGUUGUGGGACGGUGGCUGUGUGUCCCUCAGAUCAGGAGGCUCAAAAUGCGCAAAAUGCCCGACUCCCAUUGUCAACAGAAGUGUUUGCAGUGCAGCCUGUUUACAUGCCUCCCCAUGACACGAGCCUUGUUUGAGUGACGAAUCCGAGAGUUGGUCACGGCUGUCCCACUUCCUCCGUGGACUCACUUGACACACUUCAUAUCAGCGGCUGUUUGUGCCAACACGGCGCAGCGCCGCUGUGAUGGGAUCAGCGGCUGCGGUCGACUGAGGACAGUCUCACUGUUUGGAAAGAUUAUCAAACUCCAUCAGGGUGAUGACUGACCUGGCUGUUUGUAGAGCAUGAAAUGCUGGUAAUAGGACCCCCGUCCUGCACUAUGUGGAAGGGGACCUGCUUGGGGUCCAUCAUAUAGAGGGGAGGGGGGGGUCUAUAUUGUCCUCAGACGUGUGUAUGAAAGGCUCUCUACAUCACUGUACAGUUCAAUUAUAGCCUGUUAAUACUGCCAGGCCUGUGGGGUCAAGUGUGGACAGCAAGCAGCUACAAGCCGUGCCAGUAUGUUGUGUACGUGUAUUGAGGAUAAUGAGUGUGUUGGAGCCCAGGACACGGAGCCGUGGGCUCGGGCCGCCUCUCUUGUGCUGGUCCAUUCUUCAGCCGUCAGGAUUAUCGCCGUGUCUGGUCGGCCAGUGAGCCGUCAUGUUGUGAUUAUGAAAGCUCGCCUAGCAGGAGCCGGUCCUCAGCACUAGCUCCGGAGAUGAAAGGCAGACGCUGGGUGCCACUGGUUUUUUGGGAACAUACUGUACAGCUUAUGUGGCAGGGGCGUCCGACUGCUCCUCGGCUUCUUGCCUCGUUGUCACUGACUGAGAUGAGCAGUUGCUUGGUGGCAUGGUGAGGGUCAGCGCGAGCACAUACUCACGCCGCGAUGCGCAGCGUGUCUGAGGUCCUGUGAAUUUCAGAGCCGUCUUCCUCUACGUUUCAUGUCCUAAUUUCAUUAUUAAUGUUUGACAAAGCGAACGCUUGUUUUGCAGUGGAGAGAAUGGAGUCGUGCGGACACAGUCACAGGAUGGUGCUUAACAUCAGAAGAAAAAUAAGGGGUAAAGGACAAAAAAUAAUAAAGAAAAAUACAGAUAACCAUCAGUAUGUCAACCAGGAAAUUUUACAAGACACCAUUAUUAAAAUAGAGAUGAAUAAAUACUUGGACACCAAACUAAAGCUGGAGCUGAGACGUGAAAUAAAACCCAAAGCGUAUAUUCACUUCUUUAGAUGAGAGAAGGAGGUCAAGGUUUGCGUUUAUAGUGACUUGAAUUUUAAGUGAAUUAUAUGAAGUAUGAAUUUUAAAAAGUGGUGACUUAUGUAUAUAUUUAUUUGUACUUACUGGUGUAGUUUUUUUCAGACAAGCACAUUUGUUUGAAAUACUCUGCAGUAGAACUUUGACCAUACCACUGCACUAACUACUAGAUUGACGUGAGUUUGCUCGCCGCCCAGCCUGCCGUUGUUGACAGUCCUCGUCUUGUUUGCCUAUUAGUGGUCCUGUGAUACGGAUUGAAGAUGUUUUGCCAUGUCGAGCCCAGCUGUUUCUAAAGUUCAGCGAGGUUCAUUUCAGUUGUCAAAGUUCAGGGUCGAGUGGUUGUCUCACAUGAAUGGAUACGUACUUCCUUUGCUUCAAGAUACCACGACUCACUCUUGUGAAUAUAUCCAUCAGCAAUGUGCCACUAAAACAGCCCAGUUGGGAGUCGCCUACUCAGCAGGUGAGACAACCUCUCAUUCUAAUGCAGGCGCUUCCUUUGUCUCCACUGACAGUGUGACCUCUGCAGGUUGGAAUGGCCUGCUUUCAUAUGCAUGUACUGUGUUAGCAUGACGCUGCAAAGGGUGUUUUGUUUUCCCGGGCUAAAGUAGAAACCCAAAGGUUCGGGCGGACACGUUGGACAAGUCCAGGCGUGUUUCUUAGUGACCGCCGAGGAAAGUCAGGGCUGCUCAGUGAAGCCAGGUCAGAGAGCUUUGACUCCAUACACCUGAUAAACUGAUUCAUCGGUGGAGUCACGUGACUUGGUUUGGCCCAGCUGGGUAAGAUCUGCCUGUCAUUUCUCUCCUCUAUUCUCUCGACUAUUGUUUCACUCAGGUGAGGUGUUAGAGGAAUUAGAAGAACAACGACUUGGAUUAUGAAGAAACAAAAGCUGAAUACCAGACACGACAUGAAUAACUCUUCAGAGGAAGUGGGUGUGGCUACGGUGUGAAACGUUUCAUCAUUUAUCAGAGGGAGCUGCUUCUGGCUCGGUGUAGUAAUGAUCGAACAGUGUGGAAAGUACACGGUUGGCGUCGUGUUUACACCUGUAUUCUCGAGUCAGAUGAAGUAGUUGUUUCUAAUAUGCUCUUGUCAGUUGCAUCAGACCCUCUCCUCCCCCCCCCCCUCGCGUGUUUCUUCCUGUUGUGAGUCAGGAUAAUGUGUGACUGAGUGUCAGCGAGUAUGCAACAGAUUGCUGUUGCCCCCAAUAAGUGCUCUACAGUUGAGCCAUGUGGCUCAACUGACAGCUUUUACAGGUCCCAUAAAGGACAGUCUCUGUUUACAGCAGCCGGGGAGGGCUGGGCUUCUUCAGCCGCCUUCCAUCUGCUUGGUGGCCAACCUCUGUUUUCUUCAUAUUCCUAAAGACGUGGUUUUGUUUUACGGCUUGGUUCUCUCCGGGUCAAAUGGCGGAGCCGUGAUUUGUGUGUGUGAGACUGGUGGUGUUGUCGUGGAACAAAGAGAUGGUGACUAAGUGUUUCUUCCGCUGCACCCUGAACCGCAACUCUUUCCAGGCCAGUUUUUAGCUGCUCACUCAGAGAUGACCUCAGUCCUAGUCAUAUCCCAGAGACCUUCUCCGCUGACAAACCUCAACCCCAAAUCUGCUGCUUCCCCCCCACCCCCUUCGCUCUGGGUGGUGUUCGGUGGCUCUCACUGUCUGGAUCCAUUAGCGGUGACGGAGGCCUUCACCCCCACUGCUGCCUUCUGCUGCGGGCUCAGCCAGAUUACAGCUGCCCUGAGACGUCCCAGUCUGACACACGUGGACCACUGUACACACUCUCACUGAGCGGGGACCAAGAUAACAGCCAGUGACGGACACCGUUGUCCCUCGCAGCACCUGUCUCUCCCUGUUGUUUCUGCGUCCCGUGCAGCCCGUAGCAGGGGCUCAGCACAACAACAACUGCUGCUCUCUCUCCUCUGUGACACUCCCCCACACGCUUCCAGUCCCUCUCAUGAUCUGCUGUCCUUCUCACUGGAGAUCCCAACCCAGGUGAUGCUGCAUGGUGGCGCUUCUUUACCUGUCUUUCUUUGUAUCGCUCUUACUUUGAAGACGCUUACUUUACGUUGGUAUAUACCACUGUGUCAUGUCAGAUUCAUUUGUUGGCUAAAUAAUCUUGUCUGUUGUUGUUUUCUAACUUACCCCGUUGGAUCCUGUACAAUUUAUGAGCAGUUUUUCAGUGGUUAGAGGAGCAACUACCAAUUAAAUUGAAUAAAUGUGUCCUGUAGUCAGCGCUCUCAUGCGCUGCUUGUGUGGUCACACUUUCAUGGACAGUAUAGUCAAACAUUCUCCGGAAUUGCAGUACAUAUAUUUGCACAAUUAUUUCCCCAGAGGCCUUAAGGCAACCGUCUGCUGUUUUGACGAUUAAAAAAAAUCUUUUUCCUAACUGUCUAGUGAAACAUUUCGCACGAAUAAAUAGGUGUAUUCAGUUGUGUUGUGUGAAAAUAGUUGGGUCAACAUAUUGUGCAACCGUGAAGCUCCUGACUCAGGAGCCUGUUUUAGUCAAAUCAUUCCACAUAUAGCUUUUUGGUUCAACACCAUCGCUAUUUGCUGACUCGGCGGCACGAAGAUGUCUGACUCUGCAUUGUCCUCCUUUUCUCUUUGGACACUGUGUCGCCAUAAAGUACCAACUUCUCCUGUCCUCUUCAAUGCACUGCUGGAGUUGAUGCUUUUGUGAGUCGGCGUGUAAGCACACUAGUCCUUUUGUGUUGGCUGCAUGUGAUUGGUCACCCAGUCCUCCCAGAUCAGUAACACUCUUGCGUAACUCUGAGGUAUUAUUCAAGUGGCUCACAGAGGCAGAUCAAGCCCGAGGUCGAUGCAAGCUCACACAUGUAAUGUGGUGCCCUGCUUGUGAAUAACCUCUCUGUGUUAAGGCCUCGGCGGCAGCGCAGGGACAGAAAUACACCACCCCGACUUGACUGGAUAAUGCUCAAAGUCGCACCACGGCUCACGUUUCUGCUGCCAGGUGCCAGUGACGUCACACACUCCCCGUGUGCUCGUCACAUCCUCCCACCACUGUGACUUCUUCUAGUCCAGCAGACGUCUCAGCUUGAAGAGGGAGAGCCAUCUGGACCGGGCGGCUCUCCACGGCAGGUCUCCCUUUAUGUCAAACUAAAAUCAAGGACGAUUAUUUUGUUCAAGUGUUGAGAAGCUUUUAGAUUUUCACUGUUUACCAUGGGCUGUAGAAACACAGUUAAUGCCCCCUUUAUCCAUGAAAAUGUACCCGUCCGUUACCGUUGCUGACCACAUGCUUCCAUGCCUUCUUUACGCUGGUAUUGCACCCAUAUAUCCAGCAGGGGGAGCAGCCCACAGUCAAAAGUUUAUGACAACAACAAACUCCAAAACUAACAUGGCGACUGCGGAAGAAGCAUUGAUCAUGUAGCUCUUGCACAAAAGAGCUAUAUGGUGAUUGGGGGAUGGAGAAUUUCGCCCAUUGUUAUGUUUACAGCUACGUUACAGCAACACUGCCCCCCAUGGUGUCCGGUGGUACUGCUCUGUUUGGUCCGCAUCCGUAAGCUCAGUGGAAUCCUGCCGAAAUACAGAGGAAAUUAAGGCAGAGCACGGACUGAAGCCUCCGCCUGGAUCUGGAUCGAUCCGCUUGUUGAGCGUAGCCGGACCUUAACGCUGUUGCGCUUGUUCUGCCACCCUCGCAUGAUGAAAACAGUGGUCGACGUUGCUCUGUGAUCACAGUCAAGCCCCUAAGAUCUUUAGCCUUUAAUCCUGAUUCUUUGUUGCCAAUGACUCUUGUCAUUCUCCAGAAGGUGGGAGUCUUUGAUAUUUAGUAGUUUUGUGUGGCCUCAAACCAGAAGUUAUUUUUCAUGUUUAGAGGUUGCUGCUGUCCAGAAAUGGAGAGACCUGCAGAUGCAACGGAGGAGUUUUUCGAGUACGAUGCGGAGGAGUUCCUGGUGUUCCUGACCCUGCUGAUCACAGAGGGACGGACCCCGGAAUACUCCGUCAAGGGCAGGACUGAGGGGCUGCAUUGUCCACCGGCUCAGUCAGCAAUGCCGCCUCUCCACAAGCACGAAUGCAGCGACAAAGUGCCCCAGUGCCGGCAGGCUCGGCGGACCCGUUCAGAGGUGAUCCUGCUCUGGAGGAACAGCAUCCCCAUCAUGAUCGAGGUCAUGCUCCUGCCAGACUGUUGCUACGGCGACGAGUGCCCACCCAGUGACCCCAUCAGCGACCCGGUCAUCAAACAAGAUGCUCUGCUGCUGGAGAGAUGGACCCUGCAACCGGUUCCAAGACAGAGCGGCGACCGCUUCAUCGAGGAGAAGACCCUGCUGUUGGCCGUGCGCUCGUACGUCUUCUUCUCCCAGCUCAGCGCCUGGCUCAGUGCUUCCCAUGGCAUCGUCCCCAGAAACAUCCUCUACAGGAUCAGUGCUGCUGACGAGGAGCUUGAGUGGAAGUUCUCCCAGCCGCCGUCUGAACAUGUGUUCCCCAUCCCCAACGUGUCGCACAGUGUGGCGCUGCAGGUCCGAGUGCAGUCGCUCCCCCGCCAGCCCACCUACCCCACGCUGGCCUGCAGCAUCCACACCGGGUUGCCUCCUCUCUACAGCAAGACCCCGGGCCUCAGCCCCAGCCUCACCAGCCACGGUGGCCUGCCCACCCUCAAGAAGAACCAGGACCCUGGUAAAGACAACCACCUUCACAAUGCCAGCCUUUUUACCAAGAGCCCCGGGACAAUGUCCGGCCUCCUCCUCAAUGGACUCCCGAUUCCGAACCUCCCCAUCAACAACAUCCCCAUCAACAGCGUCCCGCACCCCCCUGCGGCCCCGCCCUACGCCAAGAAGGUGCAGGAGCCCGUUGAAAACAGCUCCUAUCAGAACGGAGAGCUUCCGCCGGUCGACACCCCCCAGCGGCUUGGCUCCCCACUGUUUCGUAGAUCCUGUCACUCCCCCACCCCCUCGUGCUCCAACACCCCCUCCCCCCUUCCGUCCAGUAAAGCAGGGAAGUGGCUCUACACUGCCCUCAAUGGUUCAUCUGAUCCUGCUGAGGAUUUUGGGCCUGGCACCAAUUGCAAUGAGAAAUCCAAGGGCUCUAUCCCUGAGCCCCUGAAAGCCUUUAAGACGUUUUCAUUGGCCGAGCAGGCUCGCUGCCCCUCCCCCCGGCCAGCUGCGAGCGAAACGAACCCCCUGAUUGGCUCGCUGCUGCAGGAGCGGCAGGAAGUUAUUGCCCGCAUCGCACAGAGGCUCAACUUCUGCGACCCCACCGCGCCGCCCCUGCCGCCCGGACUCUUUUCCUCAGAGAAUCCCCCCAAAGCCAUGUGGAGCAGUCACUACGAAGACAUAACUGCCAGUAAAACCAAAGAGCCUGAAGUACCGCAGCAUGAUUCCGUGGGGUCAGUGUGGCCCACUCCCUUCAGCACCCCGGUGGCGGACCCCUCCUUCCACAAGCGAGAGUGCUCCUCCCCGAAACCCGUGGCCUGCAGGAAGCUGAAGAUGACCGAGGCCCCUGAGAGAGGCCCGGAGAAGAACGUGGAGAGGGAAAAGGCCAAGGAGAAGGAGCAGCAGAUGGACAAGGAGAACUCGCUCAUCGCUCAGGCGGUCCAGGACAUCACCCGACUCAUUCAGGAAAGACUUUCGGUCCCUUCACUGUCCCCGCGCCACAGCAGGAGCGGCAGCCCCCUGCACCACACGCUCACCACCACCGUCACCCACACGGUGCGCACCUACUCCCCCACCGCCUCCAACGGCUGCUCCAACGGCCACACGCUCAGCCAUGACCCUCCUCGGGACACGCACACCACACAUUUGCCUGUUUGCACAAAGGAGCCACAGACUGAUGCGGAGACUGAUGGCCCUUCUCCCAGGGCCCACAAUGGUGCUCACUUUACACUUGAAGAACCCUCAUGUACAGGCCGGUCACCUUUCCAGGCUGGUCAGCGUUUACAAACUCCCACCUGGGAGAAGCAUUUAGUCCAGACAACCAGCAGCCAUGCAAGCCCUCCGGCCUCCCCUCCACCUGACCGCCGGCCAAGAGCCGCUCAAAUCUGCAGUUGGAUGAGCAGCGACUCCAGCUUAACGUCCAACUCCAGCAUAAGCCACAACCACAGUAAGCCUCAUCCACAGUCCCAGAUUCAGGCGUGUCCAUCGGGUCAAGCUCCUGAUUUCCGGGAUGAAAACCAGGCGCCCAAGAGGUCUGGAUGUCCCAGCAGUCCCGCGGCGGACUCCGCUCCCCAUGUGACUGUUCUGCGCACACACAGCCCCUCCCCUCUGCACCCCUGCAACACCUGGAAGAAGCAGAACCGACACUCAUUAGACGCCACGGCGACCAAGGCCUUUCACCCCUGCACUGGCUUGCCUCUGCUCUCCAGCCCUGUUCCUCAGAGGAAAAAUCAGACCGGCUGCUUCGACCUGGACUCGUCUCUGGCCGGCUACAAGGGGAUUUUGCCGUGGGCCUCUGGAAAAAGAGUGUGUCCGAAGAGAGAGGCGUACACAGAGGAGUCCCAGCAGCUGCUCAGUGCCAGCGCCCCUCCUGCCAGCCUCAGUCUUCUGGGAAACUUUGAGGAAUGUGUGCUGAACUACCGCCUGGAGCCUUUAGGGACCGUCGAGGGUUUCGCCGCCGAGGUGGGGGCCAGCGGCUCGUUCUGCCCCAGUCACCUGACCUUACCUGUGGACGUGUCCUUCUACAGCGUCUCGGACGACAACGCUCCCUCGCCAUACAUGGGUGUGAUCAACCUGGAGUCGCUGGGGAAGCGAGGCUACCGCGUGCCUCCAUCAGGAACCAUUCAAGUGACCUUAUUCAACCCCAACAAGACGGUGGUGAAGAUGUUCGUGGUGAUGUACGACCUACGGAGCAUGCCCGCCGGACACCAGACCUUCCUCCGCCAGAGGACCUUUUCUGUUCCUGUGCGUCGCGACAUCAACCAUCAGAUGAGCAGGAAACCCCUGACUCUGGGUCAGGGCCGCACCUUACGCUACCUCAUCCACCUGAGGUUCCAGAGCUCGAAGUCUGGCAAGAUCUACCUCCACAGGGACAUUCGGCUGCUGUUCUCCAGGAAGUCCAUGGAGGUGGACAGUGGAGCCGCCUACGAGCUCCAGUCCUUCACAGAGUCGCCUAUGGACCCGCCCUUCUCUCCCCGUUGCUGAAGCCCCAGAUAUUUUGUUUUCUUUUUUUUGGUGGCAGCGACGCCUCCGUGCCAGCGAUUGACUUGAACGACAGUGGUCAACUCUUGCGUCAGCCAGAACUGACAGACGGGGGCCAAGAGGCCGAGUGACUCAUCAGAAGCGGAACUCUAAGUGCAUGUCCUCUGGCGUGACAGUUUACAGAACUCUUGGUGGAGAAGGCCCGUCCAGAGCAGAUGUUCCUCCUGCUGUCGUGUGCGAAGCCCCUCCAGCGUCUGGCAGGAGAGAAGUCGGACUCUCCACAGAGUUGUGCUAUUUAUUUCAAUCAGAAAAAAAAAAACAAACGAUUCAGCGUGACAUGAAUGAGAGUGGCAUAUUCGGGACUCCAAAUUUUUCAGGAUCCUGGGGGAUCUUUUCUAGUCAGCUGGAGACGCGCGCCGCGGACCACUCAAACAAGUCGAACAUGCAAUCAGCCGGGCUUCAGCCGAACACCAGAUGUGCACUGUGGAUCCUUUUUAUUCGCAUCACAGCUGGAGACAAAACAGGAACUAGUCAUCUUCUAAUGCUUUUGUACUGUUACCAGACCACUUUAAUGGAAGUGUUGCAAUAGACAGAAUAACAUUUUAGUAUCGUGUUUACACACUCACCGUCAGUUUAUUUAAUAUUUAAAUUAAUAUUUCAUUUACUUCUCGUGACAUGGCCCAUGCUAUCAUGAUUUAGUGCAACAUGUAUAUCAUAGUAUUUUUGACAUGGAUAUUCAAAUCUAAAAAAAAGUAUAUAUAAAUCUUCUAAAGCACUCUUGUACUCUGCGUCUCAUUGGUGUAACUGACCUGUGUGUAUCCAACUGUGAAGUGAGGACACGACCCUGUCGCCGGUGUGUUUCCUUGAUCAGGAUUAAGAUUCAGCUGCUUGGUUAUCUCAGAUUAUGACCUUGAGUCUCUGAGCGGUUGGAAUGUUGACCGUCCUCGGUGGUGGGUAGUGAUGUGCCGAUGAGGCUUCGUGAAACAGUGUCUCAGUAGGUGGCGCUCUUUGAUAUGUGGUUUCAGUGAAAUAAUUCAAAUCCAAACAAUUUAGAGCAGAGAGCGCCAUCUAGUGGGCCCUGAAAGUAAAAGCGACUGUCCUUGCACACACUGGAGAAAGGUCUGUGGUUGAGAUGUUCACCACAUGAAACAAAGGUUGUGUUGGCCGAAUGAAGCUUCAUGAAACUGAGCUGCUCUAAAUUCUUUGGAUUUGAACAACCAUUUCCAUGAAAUGGAACCAAGAGCGCCACUUACAGGACACUGUUUGACAAAGCCUCAUAAGCACAUUGUG